AUGACUGAAGUCGAUGUCGCUUUGCCGGAGGGCGUGGCCGAGCCCACAACGAAGCUUGCCAGCGCAUCAAACUCGCCACAGCCAGAGCCAGAGCCACAGCCCCACACCGAUUCCCCGCAGCCAGCUGAAAAGGAGGAGGUGGUGGAGAAGGAGCAGCAGCCAGAGAAGUUGAAAGCUGCUGAAGAGGAACUGGAGGGUAACGAGGAGAAGCUGGAAAAAAAUAUCGAGAUCCCCGCCGUUGCCGCCGCCAAAGAAGAUGACGUUACAGACGUUACAGAGGCCUUGCCUAAGGCUCCGGCGCCCGAGGAGCUAACAGAAGAGGAUGACGAGGAGGACUUGGAUGGCGAGGACUCACAGAUAACCAGCACCAGCUCCAAAGAGCCCAAGCUCAACGAAGAUGAGUUGGAGGAAGAGGUAGAGGAGGAGGAGGCCACCACAAAUGGCGAUCAUGAGCCCGAUGCCGAGGAUGAAGAUGAGGCGGAGAAAAUAGGCAGCACAGCUGAGAAUAGUUGCGAGGCUGAGGAUCCGCUGGGAGCGGCGGCCACUGUUGAGGAGGUAAAUCUGCUGACCAGCAAAAAAGCGAGUCUGGAGGAAGGCGAGAGCGAAGAGGAUGCCCUGCAAGACGAUGAAGAAGAGGAGCUAGAUCUGUCGGCGAAAAAGGCUAAUGGCUUUGCCAAGCAGAAGGAGAACGGCCAGGCCAGUGCGUCGGAGGUUAGCGGCGUAGUUAACCUGGACGAUGAAGAUAGUGAUGAGGAAAUGGAGGAUCUCACGGCCCGUAAGGUGCCGGUCAAUGCCUUAGAGAAGGCGGCCAAGCCCCCGGCCACUAUCAACCACAACAACAACAGCGGCAAUGAGUCCUCUGAUGAUGCUGUGCUUAUAGCCUCAGAUUCUGAACCGGAGACAUCUGGCCCGCUGCCACAGCAGCCUCCGGUGGCGCCUGCAAAGAAACUAUCGCCCGUGGUGGCAGCAGCAGCGGCAGCAGCAGUCGUCAAGGCCACACCCCCGCCUCCAGAAGACGAUGACGACGACGAUGACUGCGUCGUGAUCGAGGACGACACACCGCCAAGUAUUUCUCCGAGCAUAGGCAAGCGUAAAAAUGAACUGGACGAGCUGCAGAUGCAGCCCAGCCACAAGAGGCAGCGCAGCUCGACGCCCUCGGGCCUGGGGCAGCUGACCAUCAAGGAUGCUCGCUCCCUAAUGCAGCACGAUGGAAGUCCAGUGGUAACUGGAGCGGGUGGAGGUCCCCGGGACUCUGUCUACCCGGUGACCAUCACGAAUGCUGUGACGGGAGCGGCCACCAAUCUUGGAAUUGUGCCGCCCAAGCUGGUUCCCAUGUCUACCAUGAACGCCAGUCCUGUGCAGCAGCAACUGAAUCCGCCAACGCUAUCGCUAACGGGACUGCCCAGCAUGACGAACAAUGCCAACCUGCUGCCCGGCCUCACCGACGACAUGUUCGUCCUGGAGGCGCCCUCCUUCAUUGUGCCCUACAUAUACGAGAAGCCGCCGCACGAGAAUAUCUGCGAGGUGGUCAAGGCCAUUGAGACCAAGUAUGAGCUUUCCGCCGAGGAUCUGGCCGAAGCGGACAAGGGCGAUGAGUUCGACAUGAUGACCGAGCAGAACAAGGAAGACAAGCCGGCGGAACAGGGCGGCGGAGGCAAGAAGAAAAAGAAGCGCGGUGAUGACGAGUCGUGGUCAGAGCAGUCGGAUGAUGAUGACGAUGACGAUGAUGACGACGAUUCGGAGUCGGGCGUGCGCACCAAGGUGUUGAUAAAGGAGGCCAACGACGAUCUGACGGCGCUCAAGGGAGCCAUCAAGCCAGCCGCCGCUCUGGCGGCCACUGGAGGAGUUACAAGUACUACGGCGGGCAGUAAACCCGGACAAGAGAACUACUUUGAGAGUCCACUCGGCAAGUUCUUUAUGGAUAUCGGUGUGGGCCUCGUCCAGGAGUACGUGCAGGCGGAUCUGUUGCGGUUACAGAAGCGCAAGAUGCGCAAGGCUCAGGUGGGAUCCAAGGAGUUCGAGAUGGCCAUCAAUGCGCUAUCGGGAAAUCUGCAGGCUUCCAAGACGAAAAACGCACCCUUCAAGUUCCGAAUGAAGCGUUGCGAGUUCUGCAACUUCAAGUCGGAGUCUGCCAUGGCGAUGGCCAAUCACUACGAGACGCCGCAUAUGAACGGUGUGCUCUACAAGUGCAAUUUCUGCACGUUCGAGAUCCGAAAUGCCACGGAGAUUGUUUACCACAUGGAGGCGGUGCACAAUAUCAAGGCGCGCCUGAUAAAGCCACUGCCCUACCAUCAAUGUCCCAACUGCGGUUUCGAGGACAAUGGCAAGGCAAAACUGGCACGCCAUCAGCCGGUUUGUGCCAAGAAGUUCCGGCCGGAACUAAACUUGGCGCCGCCCAACGAUUGGGAGGCACCGGCCAAGAUUCCGCGUAUCAAGCCGCGUCACGGUCUCGUUGGCACUGCCACCGCCUAUCAGGCCAUGGCUGCCCAGGCGGCAGCGCAAAAGGCCGCUCUGGCCAAUAUCCAGCAACAGCAAGCGGCGGCCCAGGCGCGGAAUCUGCAGGCAGCCGCUUUGGCUGCCCAAAACGCAGCCAAGAUGCGACAGCGAGCACCACAGCCGCCCAAGCAGAACAUGGUAAGGAAUCCAGCGCCGGUACGUGGUGCUGGCAAUUCCAUCAAUGCGGGUCUUGCUUUGCCCAACAGCUACCAGCUGGCAGCCGGACAACUUGUCCAGCAGGCAUCCAAGAAACCGAUGGCCGGUCAGCCCAGCAUCUCGAUAACGCCAUUACCUCGACAGAGCUCGGUAGGAGCCGCGGGAGCGGGCGGAGCGUCAUCCAGCAAGGUGCCCCCGGCAGCAGCAGGAAUGAAGCCUGGCCAGAGUCCCAGCGGGAACAACAAAGCGCAGUUUGUCAUCUGCGAGAUCUGCGAUGGUUACAUCAAGGAUCUAGAGCAGCUGCGCAAUCAUAUGCAAUGGAUGCACAAAGUGAAGAUACAUCCCAAGAUGAUCUACAACAGGCCGCCAUUGAACUGUCAAAAGUGUCAAUUCCGGUUCUUUACGGAUCAGGGCUUGGAGCGUCACUUGUUGGGCUCACAUGGCCUGGUCACAAGCUCCAUGCAGGAGGCGGCCAACAAGGGCAAGGAUGCCGGCCGGUGUCCAGUAUGUGGAAGGAUGUACCAAUGGAAGCUACUGAAUCAUGUUUCGCGCGAUCACCACAUGACCCUGAAGCCCGCUCACCUGUCCUACAAAUGUACCGUCUGCACGGCCACCUUUGGCAUGUACAAACAGUUUGAAACGCACGUGUAUACGGCUCAUAGUACGGUGGCCCGGAAGGCAAUGGACAGCAAGAAGAACAGUGCGCAAUCGUCGAGUGGGUCGGGUUCCGGAGCUGGGAUGUCGUCGCGCAGUUCGUUGGGAGCGGCCAAUGACUCGCUGCUGAAGCCGCUAAAGAUCAACGAUGAGAUCACGAUCAUACCGCAACCCGCAUCGAAGCCACGCAUCACAAAUAUGGAGAGUCAUGUCAUAGAUUAAAGAAGCGUGCUUGUUGGAAUCCAUCAACCAAAAACCUAAUCUCGCAAAAACGUUUGCAGCAUUGACAGCGAGCGCGCGCUUUAACUUUUAGUUUCGUUUGUAAGCCGAGCUGUGACCUUGCCGCGCCCAAGGUCGCGUCCAUUUUACUUCACUAAGUCGAAUUGUAUAAAGAGCAAGCGAGAACCGAAGUAGGAGCUGUUUGGGAAUAAUCCCCCCCGACUUGCGGUUUAAUCACUAAAACACCAGCUACAGGAUACACGAUAAAACAUAAUGCUAAACAGAAUACGGAUAAUAGAGAAGGAGAAAUACUAGUUACGGAUUUUAGUUACAUACCGGAGUGGAGUGUGCACAUAAGUUGAAGUUGUAGCUACUACUAAAAUAUACUACCACAUACACACAACAUAUUAUAUACAUAUAUAUUUAAAGCUAUAUUUAAAUCCAUUAAUUUGAAGGAAGCCGCCAGAGAGCCGCGCAUCGUCUGCAUGAUGACUAUGUAAAUUAGUUAAAAACUAAAACUAUUUAUACGACAAAAACCGAAACUAACGUACGAGUGUAUCCAGCAAAUGUGUGUUGCAGUAUGUGUAUAUACAUUUUGAAACGGAAAACCGAGAACCUUGUGUGUGUGCUUGGCGCCCUCGCCUCCAGAAUCUUGUAGAGAUUAAUCGAGAUGAGAUAGUUAAGUGCAAACUGGAUGGACACUGAUCUGAGAGACGACAUAGACGUUCGACAUUUUAAUUUUUGUGUACAAGUUUACCCCUAUAUUUAUAUAUUAUUACGCAUUAUCGAUUAAUAUUAAAGUAUAUAUCAUCUAUUAGCAAUUAAGGACAACCCCCAUGUACUACAGUUAUAAAGCAAAACCACACACACACACAAACAAAAGUGAAAAAUGAGAAAAAUUAAAAACCUAGUUAAUAUUAUAAAAGCAAAAA